AAUUGUUAACUAAAAUGAGAAACAUUGAUUCACAAAAGACAGAAUAUCACAAAAUAUAAAUUUUAUGUAAAAACCUGAUUAGUAGGAUAACUAGAGAAGUUUAAACACUAAAAUUUGUACUAGAAUGCUACUCAAAUUUUGAUGAAUUAUAUGACAAAAUUUACUUUCAAAGAAAAAGUCAUUUGCUGUAAUUUCUAAAGAACUAAGUUUGAAAUAAAUUCAAUGUAAUUCAGCCAAAAAGGCCACUAAGAUAGACAGGGCCGACGGUUGUAAUUGAAGAUAGAUUUGAGACUAGAUUCUGGGUGCUAUCUGGCAGCACAGCUGACCUCAACGAGAUCCGGCAACGCCCUGUGUCCUGAGGCCUCUCAGCCAUGCAGACCAUCAAAUGCGUGGUUGUGGGCGAUGGAGCGGUGGGAAAGACUUGUCUCCUCAUCUCGUACACCACAAACAGGUUUCCCUCGGAAUAUGUUCCCACAGUGUUUGACAACUACGCGGUGACGGUGAUGAUCGGCGGCGAGCCGUACACACUCGGUCUGUUCGACACGGCCGGUCAGGAGGACUACGACCGCCUGCGGCCGCUCUCCUACCCACAGACAGACGUCUUCCUCGUCUGCUACUCGGUUGUGUCGCCCUCCUCCUUCGAGAACGUCAAGGAGAAGUGGGUGCCCGAGAUAACGCACCACUGUCAGAAGACGCCGUUCCUGCUAGUCGGCACCCAGAUCGACCUGCGAGACGACGCCGCUACCAAUGAGAAGCUCGCCAAAAACAAACAGCGGCCCAUCUCGCUCGAGUACGGCGAGAAGCUGGCCAGGGAGCUGCGAGCCGUCAAAUACGUCGAAUGCUCGGCACUCACACAGAAGGGUCUGAAAAACGUAUUCGACGAGGCGAUACUGGCGGCGCUGGAGCCGCCGGAACCACCCAAAAAGAAACGCUGCAGCAUUUUGUAAUUCUAUCGCCCGGUCGCAGCACCUGGCAAUAAGCACGGUCUGGACCGCGCUCAUGUGAGCGCGGGCCGGAGUCGAUCCAGAGUCCAGCGCUCUGGGAGGGCGGAGUUAUACGGAGCAACACCGACCUGAGGAUCCGGACGGUUCCGGGCAGAUCCGCUGAGGAGCUGUCGAGCUGUCGGUGGGUCUGGGUCCACUAAACCCACUCCAGGCACCAAGGGGAGGGCGUACAGGAUGUACGGACUCGAACUCCAGCCGGGAGUGUUGGCCAGCCGCCACCCGAUGGACGGCAGCCUGUGGUUCUUUCGGGCUCACGGGAGUCUGGUAUUCGCUUCCAUCCGACUGUGCAGACUGAGCGGAGCGAGCGAGGCUCAGCGGUCGUCUACCGCGCUCGACUGGUGAGGAGAUGAGACUAUUUAUACGGUGUUCCGAGGCGACAGGAACGGCUGGUCGAGGUCGAUAAGAGACCGCUGGCUGCUGGAGAGAGUGAGAAAACUGAGAGAUAUGAGCCCGAGAGAGAGGGAAAGAGCGAGAACGAGAGAGAACGAGUGCGUGCCGCUGUGUAUGAUGUGUCGCCGCCAUGGCCAGAGCUGCCUAGAUCUAUCGCUCACCCACCCCGCGGCACAGGGCGGCAAUACCAAAUUAUCGUGUAUUUACCUUGAGUGACUGGCAAAUCGUGCGUGAGGAGAGGAAGGUGCCGUAUUAUUUACGUACUAACCCGGCGGACGACGCUGCGCCGAGCGGUCACCGUGCCCAGAGGAGGACUUGUUUUCGUAACAUUGUGUAUGAUACCGCGGGAGAGAGAGCGAAGAAAUGUGUCCUGUCCAGAUUUAUAAGUAAUUGAUUAAAAUAAAGCUACCACAAUUCCGAA